UAUCAGUGCUUAAUGUCUUAAUCUAUCUGUUGGAUAAGGCUUUUUAUCAUUUUACACAAUUAUAUUUAUUUCGAUAGUAAUUGGAACACGGGCAUUGUCAAAAUGAAAUUCCUCAUAGUGGUGACCCUACUAGCCUUGGCUUAUGCCAAGCAUGAAAAGUAUAUUGGAUGGAAAUCCUACUAUGUAGGAGUCACCACCACAGAACAGUCUGAGGUCCUGAGACCUUUGAUUGAGAAAUAUGAACUGGACUUCUUGUCUCACCCACUCGUGAACCGCGAAGGUGUAGUCCUGGUGAAGCCUCAACACCAAGCUGGUUUCAUCAAGGAAAUCGAAGCUGCUGGCAUCUCUUACAAAAUUCAUGCUGAUGAUGUGAAAAAGCAACUCGACUUGGACGACUAUCUUAUUGAGAUGCAAAAAAGCUCCUCAGCAGCCAGGAAUGGAGGUCGUCAGUUUCCUUACGACAAUUACCAAGAACUCGAAGUGAUUGACGCCUACCUAGACUACAUUGGUGCUGAGUACCCUGACGUUGCUACUGUCGUGACUGGUGGCAAGUCCUUCGAAGGCCGUCCCAUCAAGUACGUGAAGAUCUCCAAUACAAACUUCGAAGAUGAGAGCAAACCCGUCAUCUUCAUUGAUGGAGGCAUUCACGCCAGGGAAUGGAUCUCUCCUCCUACCGUCACCUACGCCAUUCACAAACUGGUAGAAGAUCUUACAGAGAGUGACCUUUUGGAUAACUUCGACUGGAUCCUCCUGCCUGUGGUCAACCCUGAUGGCUAUGUGUACACUUUCACCGACGACCGAAUGUGGCGUAAGACUCGUUCCCCGCACCCUAGACUUCCAUUCUGUGUUGGAACUGAUGGUAACCGCAAUUACGAUUUCCACUGGAACACCGUUGGUGCAUCCUUGAGUCCUUGCACUGAAACCUUCCCUGGCACUGAAGCCUUCUCAGAACCGGAAACUAGAGUAGUCAGAGAUAUUCUUCACGAACAUUUGGCUCGCACUGCUAUGUACCUCACCAUUCACAGUUACGGUAGCAUGAUCCUGUACCCUUGGGGUCAUGAUGGUUCCUUGUCCAAUAACGCUCUUGGACUCCACACUGUUGGCAUCAGCAUGGCGAAUGCUAUCCAUGACAAAGCUCUUUCUCACUUCCCAAGAUACGUGGUUGGAAACUCUAAUCUUGUUCUUGGGUAUGGCAUUUCUGGCUCUUCAGAAGAUUAUGCUCAUUACAUUGGUGUGCCUCUGUCCUAUACUUAUGAGCUGCCUGGUUUUGGUUGGGGCUUCGAAGGCUUCCACUUGGACCCUCGCUACAUUGAACAGGUCGUCCAAGAGACCUGGGCUGGUAUUACUGUAGGUGUGAGAAGAGCUGGAGAGUUGUUUGUUGCCAACAAAAAGGCUCAAGUUUGAAAUAUAGUUCCAGUUUAAGUAUACUAAUGCUACAGGUUCAUUUUAUUAUUCAGAGAAGUUUGCAUAGUUUUUAUUCAGAUCUAAUAAUGCAAAAUGUUAACACUGUCAUCUUUUUCAAUCCUGUACACUGUGCAAAUCUGAUGUAAAAUAAAUGAAUAUACAUUUUUAUUUAUA